AUGAGAGAGAUGUGCUCCAGCCCAAAACUUUUGCUUACCAAGAACAAUCUUGAAUCAUUUAAGCAUUUGACAUUGGAUCUAAACGGACACGACAAGCCAAAUCUCUACUCUUAUAAGCUCAAGAAGUCAGGUUUUCGUAUUCAAGUGUAUUCAGCCAUGAACAAUAUCAUACUGUUUGCAUCCAAGCUAGCUCAUUGUCGGGAUUACAAUGGUGGGACCAUGCUUGUGAAGAUGAACAUUACAUCGCACAUACACAAGCUGGACUGUAUUGCUCUUGAUGGUGGCCGCAGUCAAAAGAUGCGAUGGCCAAGUAGGAGGUGA